UGUAUGUCUUUUAGAAUUGGUUACUGUCUUUUUACAUGAUAUGAAUUAAAUAUGAAUACGCCAUUCAUAUAUACAGUUAUGUAUUUAUUAGUGUGUAUUAUUCUCAUACAUUCAUAUAAUUUUUCUUGUAUUUAAACAUUCAAUAUCCUAAUUCAAGGAGCAUGAAACUGCGCCUUCUCUCGAAACUGAUAUAUUUUUUGUGACUUUCAUUUAAAUUUCUACAGAAUAUUUGAAUUUGUUAAUCUUGAACGAGUUUAAGGUAUUUAAAAGAGAGUUCUUGAAUUGUGACAAAAGCAUGCCUCCAAAUUUAUUAGAUUAUUUUCCUGAGGCAAAGGGAGAUGGAUUAAGAAUUAGUUGGGCCCAUGGAGUUAAUAGUAAAGUACGUCUCUCUUCAGCACUCAAAGGUUCAGCAAUGAUACUUGAAGCUGAUGUCAGUAUGUCGUGUAACAGUCGUUACCCUGUUCCAAUAAUGGCAUUACCACCAGCCAUCACAAGUGAUCUUACUUUGGAAGAAUGGCUUCACGAAGUACUUCAUUAUAAUAACAAGGGCAUUAAAUUGAAUUUUCGAUCUACAGAAGUAGUGGAACCAGCUUGUCGUGUCUUAGCCAGAAUGGUUGAUCAUUUUAGAGGACCCAUUAUACUGAAUGCUGACAUAGUACCAGGUCCAAAUCAGCCUUCUGCUCCAGUCGACUCUUGGACAUUUCUAACUUUAUGCAGAACCAGGUUUCCAAGAUCCAUAAUUUCUAUUGGCUGGGCAACUGAUUUUAUUAGUGGAAGCUAUUUCAAACCUGUCUACACAAGAGAGUCUACUGAUCUCAUGUUGGGUUUAAUUAAAGAAUACAGCCUAAUGCAACCAGUGAUGUUUCCUGUAUGCAUUUCCAUAUUGAAAUAUUCCAUACCCGAAAUACAGAGACUCUUGUAUCACGUUCCUAACAGUUCCCUAGUGGUGUGGUCAGCAAAGGGUCAUCCUGUCAUCAUCGACGAAUUGCUGUCGAUACGGAAAGCAUUUGGUUAUCACCAAGUAUUCUACGAUCUUCCGGAGGAGCAGCUAGAAUGUUUCUUUUCUGUCACUUAGAAAUGGAAAAUUAUAAUUUUGCAGAGAUCAUUGCCACUGCAAAAAUUUAUUCUCGAUCCUCUGUCGGCAGUGGCAUUCUCUUGCUGCUGUAACGAGAGGUCAAUUCUAGCAUUAAUGUGCACAUCGUCUUUCUGUAUUUUGCAUAUUUGGUCAAACUUGAUUUUGAAACUGUAAUCAAGCGGGAUUUUGAGAAACUGUCAUAGUUAGAAUUUUCUCCAUUCUGGCCACAAAAAAAAAAAAAAAAUCGGGUUUUUAAAUUGUCAGAAAAUAAUCUGUUUAAAAAUUAAUAGCAUACUUUUGUCUCCGAAGUUCUUCAUACUAUGUAAAUGUGCACACUGCCAAGUUUAUUUGUUGUAUAUUGCAUGUAAUCAUAGUACAAUUUUCAGUAAAUAUGUCAAGUUUUUUUUAUUUACAUAAGGUUCCUAUAAGUCAAAAGUAAUUCAUAUGUAAAAAAUGAUUGUAAUAGACAUUUUAUGUAGCAGUGUCUCGGAAGAGACUGGUGAUAUUUGCAUCAAAUUUAAAAUUCAUUACAUCAUUGAUAAAUACAGAUGUUUGCACUUAUUGUACAUAAUUAUAAGUAUAUAGGUUAAAUAAACCAGAGAAAUACACAUACAUACACAAAGAACACAAUACAUACACAAAUGCAUUGGUACAUAUCUCACUGUUUUGCACCAAUAAAUUUAUCCAUUACAAAAUUAGAAACAUUAAGAAUAUAAUAUUUUUAAGAAUAUCUAGUUAAAUAACAAUUGUAAAGAAAGGGUAUAUAUAUGUAUAUUAUAUAUAUAUAUACACUGUAUAUUGUGAUUUGGUCAAAUCAAGUGAUAAGUUGCCCGACUAAAAUGGACAACUCUUGUUGAGAAUGUUAAUAACUACGGAUUGUGAUAUAUAUAGAGGAAUAUUUACGAAAGAUGUUAUAGAGCUUAAGAAAUGAGUUAUUGAUUUGAUAUAGAUUUAUCUUUAUAAAGAUGAAGAAAUUAUUAAGUUUUUAUAUAUUUAAAUUCAAUUUAUUUAUAAUUAUUCUAAUUGUAUAAAACUGGCCUCGGUUAAAAAUUUAAAUUUGUGAUUCGAGUCAUUUCGAAAAUUGUCGUCAUCAAAAGUUUGUAACAGAAUAUUUAACGUCAGAAUUGUUUACUAUAAGUAAAUACAUUAUGUGAAGCUACUGUGAUGAUCAAAACUAUAAAAUUAAAAUUUGAAUUUUUGUAAUAAUUGAUUUUGAAGUAAAAAGGAAAAGUGAUAUUAAAAAAAUUAUAUAUAUAUAUAUAUACACAUAUUAUAUAUACACACAUUUAUUAAGUUUGUUAUAUCAAAUUCUAUUGUUACGGCGAUGUUGUUUUGUAAUUAGAAUUUGUAAAUGUAUCGAGACGCUAAGUAACUCGAGGCAGAGGUGUGUUCAGCAGAGAUUUCACUGUAUUCGAAUAUAAUCAAAUGUCUUUAUAGAUUGUUAUUUUCACUUUAAAAGCUUCUUGUAUGUUUUAUUAAUCAAUAAAAUUCCAUCAUGAAUGAUCAUAAAUAUAUUCUUUUAUUUGAACAAAGUAAUGGAAUAUAUAUGUGACACAACAACAUAUUAUAUAAUAAUUGUGUUGAUUAUAACAAUACAAAUGAGAACAAAUUUCAAAAUUACACUUUCUUUUUUAUUAUUAUCCAUAUAGAAUUCAAACUGAUAAACAAAAAAUGAACUGUC